AUGAGCAGUCAUCUGGAGAAGGUCGUGGCCCAGAAGAAGGAGGCCAUCGAGGCGGUGAUGGAGAUGUUUGAGAGGGGGGCUGAGGUGCUGGCCAGUGCCGUUGGUGAGUUUUUUCCGCUCUGCGAGGCGGCAGCCCCCGUUCUCCGUCUGGCCCUGGACAACGUUCAGAGUAAAGAGGUCUUCUACGUGAAGGAGCAGUUCCUGACGGUGAGGAACAAGCUGGACGUGCUCUCCAGCCAGCUGAACGAUAUCUGCUGUGAGAUAGAGAAGGCCAGACUGGAUUUCCAGUAUUUCUCCAUAGAGGAGAACAUAAGAAGCCAGUUCCGCAAGUACAUGGACAUCCUGGAUGCAAAACAGCAGUUUAAAGAGGUGAAGACCAAGCUUUUUCUGGAGCACUUUAACCGAACCGGAGGAGAGAAAAACCUCUACAUGCUAUAUGAUGGUCUGAUGGGGACCAACAGCUUUGGAGAGUCUAUUUUGGAAGUGGUGGAAAGGUAUGUGGUGAGGAAUCGUCGCCUUCUGGAGGACUUCUGCGUCCGGACGAAGGAGCUCUUCUGUCUGGGCCUAAUUGCUCUGCUUGGACAUUGUGCCUUGACCCUGGGCCUGGAUGAAGAGCAGGAAAAAAUCCAAGACUGGAGCAGCAAAAUCGAAGAAGUCGAGAUCAAAAUGAAGACAGCCAUCAAGGCCUGUGUGGUGGCCUUCUCGGAGCAAGCUGAAUUAGAUAUCCAACAACUCCUUAAAGAGAAGGAAGACCAGCAAAUGCUUCAAGAUGUCACCCAGGAACUUCAGGAUUUCCUGGUAAAGAAGUACGACUGGGUCCACUGGUCCGUGCGAGUCAUCAACCAUUCGGGAAGCACCUAUCGCAACUGGCGUGCCGGAAAACAUUUCCACCACGUGGCGGGACAGAACUGGUUCGAGGUGCUCCAGGUUAACAACACCAACCUAGUGGUGUCAUACAGCAGCAAGCCACAGCCGGUGCCACGUGGCUGCAUUCAGAAGGUGAUGGAUGGACAGGCAAAGAAUGGCAAUGCCCAGGCGGUGGUGGAAAUCCUGGCCAAGCAGCUCAGCGGGUUUGUCGUGCAUGCUGUCAGCUGUCAUAAGGAGAGUGCAGCAGCAUGGAGCUUUCCGGUAGAAUGCCACUAUUGGGAGAAACACAAGAACGUGGCAGUAUGUGUGCACUCCGAAUGA